UUUUUUUUUUUUUUUUUGGUGGUUUUAUUAGAAGCAAUGGUGUUGCUAACUUGCUAUGGUGCAAACUAUAGUAAAAAAAAAAUUUUAGAACUCUGAAAAAGCAAAUGGUGCAAAUUAAAAGGAUUGGAGGAGUAAGAAACAGGCUAUGUCAUCGUAAAUAUUUUAUAGUACGUUGUUUCCCUCAAAUUUUUUUUUUGUUGUGUAUGAAGAGAAUCACAAAGGACAAAUGAUAUAAAUAUUAUUUGACUUUAUCUAAUAUAAUUGACAUUCAUGAUCUGUUCCUACCAAAAGAUUAAAGGAAAGAUACCAUACCUAGAAGACUAAAUAAACUUUUUUUUUUUUUUAUUUUUUUAUUUUUUUUUUGUGAGGAAAGCCUAAAUAACUAUUGGUUCCUUGAUUAUGCCACCUAAAAAAAGAUAUAAUUAUUUUUACACCCCAUAUUAUUUAUACAAUACAAGUUGUCACCUUGGUUUUCUUCUAAUUCAGGGUAGGAGACAGAGGAAUUGCUCAAAUGGGGUGUUGAUAUAAAUCUUCCCCUAAUUACAUCAUGAAUUGAAUUAACCACAUUACUAAUUUAUUUAUCAAAGCAUUUGGGUUAAUUCAGCCACAAAAUAAACAUGGAGAAACAAGAUUUAAUGUUUCUCCUAAUGUGUUUUUUAUCUUAUCUCGUCUUGACUUUGGCACAAAAUACCACUUUUGAGUCACAGAAUUAUUGGAAACUACGUGAACAAGAAGCUAAGAGGAAACUUGAGGCAGCCUACUAUCCUCAGCCCUAUAAUGUCACAAACCACCUUAACCUUCGUUCUCGAAUUUUACAAAGCAGGUGGUUAGAAGAUGAGGUAGGGAGAAACAACACAAGGAGGGAAUUAGCAAAGAGGUACAAAAAAGGCUGCAUGUAUACGAAUCCAAUCGAUGCAUGUUGGAGGUGCCAAGCUGAUUGGGAGAAGAAGAGACGAAAGCUAGCCAAAUGUGCGUUGGGGUUUGGAAGAGGGACUACCGGGGGCAAGGCAGGGCGCAAGUACUUGGUGAAAGACCCCUCAGACGAUGAUAUGGUGAACCCUAAACCCGGAACAUUAAGACAUGCAGUCAUCCAAGACGAGCCAUUAUGGAUUGUAUUUGCUAAGCCUGUGAUGAAAAUUAGGCUCAACCAAGAGCUUAUAGUUAAUAGCAAUAAGACCAUUGAUGGCCGGGGUUCACACGUAGUCAUUGAAGGUGGGGCUGGGAUCACAUUGCAAUAUGUGGAGAACAUUAUCAUCCAUGGAAUCAAGCUUAGGGACAUAGUCCCAGGUUCUGGAGGACUAAUCAGGGAUUCAGCUAACCAUUUCGGUUUCAGGACUCAAAGUGAUGGGGAUGCCAUCUCUAUCUUUGCAUCACAUAAUAUAUGGAUUGAUCAUUGUUCGUUCUCCAAGGCUUCGGAUGGACUCGUUGAUAUCAUCAAAGGCUCAACCGCGAUUACCAUCUCUAACUGCCAUAUGACUGAUCAUGACAAGGUAUUUUUGUUUGGUGCAUCAGACACCCAUUAUGAAGAUAGGAAUAUGCAAAUAACAAUUGCAUAUACUCACUUUGGGAAAGGAUUAGUGCAAAGGAUGCCAAGGUGUAGAUGGGGAUUCUUCCAUAUAGUCAACAACGACUACACUCACUGGCUAAUGUACGCCAUUGGUGGUGGCAAGAACCCAACCAUCCUCAGUGAGGGCAACCGUUUCAUCGCCCCUAUCAACCCAAGAGCUAAAGAGGUUACUCACAGACAGAUACCAUCAUCACCAUGGGAUAGUGGGACAUGGAUUUCAAAUAGAGACGUGCUGAUAAACGGGGCUACCUUCCUGCAGUCACGCGCACCAUUGCAGUUACAAACUAUCGAAAGUAAGAUGAUAGGUUCAAUGCAUGGGAGAUUUGCCGGGCGAGCUACAAAAUAUGCAGGACCAUUAAAAUGUGUACCUAAACGAGCUUGCUAACAGAGUUGUAUGAGGUUACAGUAGAAAAAAUGUUUUGCUUUUGUUAUUGUUUCAGUCUACAUUUGUAGAAAUAGAUGAUUGCCAAAUCGGGUAAAGUGUAAUCAACAAAUAACAAUUAUAUCCACAUCCCGAUUCUUAAUGAACAUCAAACGUCCACAAAUUUUGUCUCUACGCGAGCAUGACUUAUUCUUAAAUGAUCAAACGUCCAUAAAUUUUGUCUCUACACGAACACGACUUAUUUGCGUAUUUUGCAGUCACAGCAAACACCAAACCACUAUCGCUCAACCAAAAGUCUCCUUCGUUUUCAUACUUGAAACGAAUGCAUCAUGCAUUUCUUCACGAUGGCAACAAAUGCAAAGGUUAAAUCCUGUAGGAGAGGGUA